AUCACAGUGAGAGGAAUUAUGGUGACUUGGUGAGUGAGUCGGGUGGGAUAUAAAAGCCGAUAACAAAACGAGAGCCGGAGGUUGAGCUUGUCAUACAAAUAGAUAAGACGGAAAUGCAGAGAGAGAUGGCAAGCCUGCUGCUUCCUCACCAAUUCUCCCAAACCCCUCUUCUUUCUCCAACCCACAACUUCUACUACUCAAAACCCAAACCCAAACCCCCGUUGUACAUGUUUGUGCUCUCCAACUACAAUAAUCAAAACAAGCCACGCGCUUCCCUCAACACUACCUCAGCUCCUCUACUAGCUCACUCCGCUAUCCAGAGAAUCGCCGACAAGCUUCGCACUCUAGGUUUCGAUGAUAACAUUAAGAAUGAUACUACAGAGAGAAAUAAAAUCAACGAUUCAGCUUCUCCCGGACAAAUCUUCCUUCCUUUACCCACUCAUUUACCUAAGUACCGCGUUGGCCACACAUUCGAUCCCAGCUGGAGCACGCCGGAGAAUCCCGUGCCGCAGCCCGGGACGGGGACUGCUAUUCGGCGCUAUCAUCAAUUGCGGAAUGACUUGCUUCUUUCCAAACAGAAAAAUGAUCAAUCGCUGAAUAAUGAUGAUGAUAAUAGUAAUUGUGCGCCUACUUUGGCUGAAUUGACCUUGUCUUCCGAGGAGCUGAGACGGUUAAGGAGUGUUGGUAUUAAGUUGAAGCAGAGACUCAAGGUUGGGAAGGCAGGGGUUACGGAAGGGAUUGUUAAUGGGAUUCAUCAGAGGUGGAGGCAUACGGAACUUGUCAAGAUUAAAUGUGAUGAUAUUUCUAGGCUGAACAUGAAGAGAACUCAUGACUUGUUGGAGAGAAAAACAGGAGGAUUGGUUAUUUGGAGGUCUGGGAGUAAUAUGAUAAUUUACAGGGGAGCAGAUUACAAGUAUCCUUACUUCCUUAAUGAAGAUAACGAUUCAAAUAAACUUACCUUACGGUUUAAUGAUGGGAUAGAUGGUGAAAAUGAGAUCUGCUCAUCCCAUAUUGGGGGUGUCAGAUCUGCAGUGAGUCCCUUGUCUAACAAAACUGUGCAAGCACCAUUGAUACAAGGUGUAGGUUCUCCAAAUGUAGUACGAUUUCAACUGCCUGGGGAGUUGCAGCUUUUGGAAGAAUAUGACCAUCUGUUGGAUGGACUUGGUCCACGGUUCACGGAUUGGUGGGGUUAUGAUCCCCUACCUGUUGAUGCGGAUCUUCUGCCAGCUGUUGUUUCCGGAUACCGAAAACCUUUCCGCCUUCUUCCAUAUGGAGUUAAACCUAUACUAACAAAUGAUGAAAUGACCGCAUUAAAAAGACUGGGCCGGCCUUUACCAUGCCAUUUUGCACUAGGCAGAAAUAGGAAACUUCAAGGUUUGGCGGCUUCUAUCAUAAAGCUUUGGGAAAGUUGCGAGAUAGCAAAAAUUGCAGUCAAGAGAGGAGUCCAGAAUACCAACACUGAAUUAAUAGCUAAAGAGUUAAAGUGGCUGACUGGGGGUGUUCUACUUUCACGAGACAGGGAAUUUGUUGUACUCUACAGGGGAAAAGAUUUUCUUCCGGCUAAAGUUUCUGAGGCAAUCGAACAGCGAAGGCACAGAAUUCAAGGAGUGAAAAAUAGCUGGGAUAAUAAUUCAUUAGCUAUGGAUGUGCAAAGUCACAAACCUCGGACAGUUUAUGUUGAUGUGAAAACUGAAAGUGGUGUGAUUGACAGUAAUCCACUAGUCCCUACUAUUGAAGCUGAGAAUUAUCUCAGGGACGAAAAAAGGAAAGUUUUUUCUGAAGAAAGGAGGCUAAAGUUUGUUAGAGAAGCUGUUAUGAGAACCAAGUCAAAGCUGUCGCUGGCUUUAGCAAAGAAAUCCAGGGCUGAGACUCUUCUAACAGAGCUGGAAAAAGAAGAAAUCCUACAACCAAGCGAAAUAGAUAAAGAAGGCAUUAGUGAAGAAGAAAGAUAUAUGCUGAGAAAAGUUGGCUUGAAGAUGAAGCCUUUUCUUUUAUUAGGUAGGCGUGGCGUGUUUGAUGGAACUGUUGAAAACAUGCAUCUUCACUGGAAAUACAGGGAACUCGUGAAAAUAAUUUGUGGUGAGAGAAGCAUCGAUGAAGUUCAUGCGAGAGCACGGACAUUAGAGGCAGAAAGUGGUGGAAUUUUAAUUGCAGUGGAGAGAAUCAGCAAGGGCUUUGCAAUCAUUGUAUACCGUGGAAAGAACUACAAGCGCCCUGCAUCAUUAAGGCCUCAAACACUCUUAAAUAAACGAGAAGCGAUGAAACGAUCUAUUGAGGCUCAGCGUCGUGAGUCUUUGAAGCUUCAUGUUUUGAAGCUUGACAGAGAUGUAGAUGAAUUGCAGCAUAAAUUGGCUAGAGACGAACAGAGAAUUAAUAUGCAAUUGGCCAAAGAUUUGACCCUUCAGACUGGGACAGAGGAUAAAUUGGAUCAGAGGCAUUCGGAAAAGAUUGAAAAGUUUUAUGCUGCACCUCAAAAUUGUUCACCAAAUGCUGCCUGUCACCAGGAAAAUGUAGAGGUUAAAGAUAAUGAUGGAGCUAAAUUAACUUCUAUCAACACAAAUGAUUGUGUUGACAGCUCAAGGCAAGAUCUGCAAGCCUCUCCAGAAGACAUGUUGACAGGAUUAUCCACAGAGGAUGAUGUGAAGGAUGGGGACAAAAUUAUCAUAAACGGCUCUGAGCCUUCGCCCGUAAUAGUACUUGAAAAAACUGAUAGAUUGAAAAACAUGAAUGGUGAAGUUGUACAUGCCGAGUCCGUUGUUGCAGCCAGUCAUACUGAUAGGGGUCACUUUUCUGACAUCGGAAAUACUGGGUCUCUGCGGGAAUCCUCUUUUAAUUCAUCGAGUAAAGUAUUAGGUCCUAAAGGUUUGGAAGAUUUUUCAGAAGAGGUACCGUUUAAAGCUGGACGCCUGUCUAACAGGGAAAGGCUUCUUCUGCGAAAGCAAGCCCUUGGAGUUAAAAAACGCCCAGUUCUUGCUGUUGGAAAGAGCAAUAUUGUCUCCGGGGUUGCUAAAACAAUCAAGACUCACUUUCAGAAGCAUCCUCUUGCAGUAGUUAAUAUUAAAGGCCGAGCGAAAGGGACUUCAAUCCAGGAGGUGGUGCUGGAACUGGAGCGAGCCACAGGUGCGGUUCUAGUUUCUCAGGAACCCAGUAAGAUCAUACUCCAUAGGGGUUGGGGAGCGGGAGAUAAGCAUAGGCCUGGCCAGAGCAUGGAAAAUAAAACAAUAGAGUCUGGGAGUACUCCAACAGGCCAAGAGAAUAAAGUAAAAACCGUCAUCUCUCCUGAGCUCAUUACAGCAAUCAAACUUGAAUGUGGAUUAGAAUUCAGCAGAGGUGAAAAGACUGUUAGAUAGCAGUCAUCAAUCUGUGAGAUGAUUAAACCACUACUACGCAUUUAGAAUCAGCAAAGAGCGUGGACUCAGCUCAGGGAAGAUUUUAUCAUGUGGGGUGAUGUAUAUACUCUUUCCAUAGCAGGCUCGUACGUCUGACCGUUUGGAAUCCUCUGGUCACUCUUGGAUGUGAAGAAAGUAGAAUUCUUUAGUGCACAUGGUAAGGUUGAUCCUUCCCGGGCUUAUAGUGUAUAUAUAAUGUCUUGGGUACCUUUUUUUUUUUUUUUUUAAAUCAUCUCUUUCAAGUACCUGUAAAACAAUAGUCUAUUUAUCAAAACAGAAGCGAUAUUAUACCA